CCAAACAAGAGGGAGAAGAAACAAAAGACCGUAAGUACAACAGCUUCUCUUGUCUCUCUGCAAAGUCGUUCAAUCAUUCACUUUCAUCGAGUUCUUCAGUAAUCUAUCCAGGUGUGUGGGAUCAGAAGAUGUAUCUACAGGUUUAGAGUACUCGCAUUUCCGCGGUUACUAAGAUGCUGUGUGACUGAUCUUUAAUGUUAUGGGUUCAUUUGCCGGAAAGUGUGAAAUUGUCGAAGAGAAAGAAGACCGUCAGAACUCGAUAGUUUAUUCUGCUAAAUCAACCACUAUUCCACAUUCUGGAUCAAGCCUUGUCGACGACAAGGAUCUGGAGCGACCGGUACUGAAAUUAGGCUACAGGGGUUCACUAGAAGAUGAUAUAAACCAGCUUUUCGAGUCUAUAAGUAUUCGAACAUCCGGAAUGAUUCCUUCUUACCAAGUUGGUGCAAGUAGUAGCAGUAGAAAUAAUGGUCCUUUACAACGGAACGCUUUUAAAAGUCCCGCCAAUCCCGGGGGACCUCGAUCGCCUACCAAGAGAAACACUGAACCAGCGACUUUGAAACAAGCCUUGAGAGAUUUAUGUGUCUCUAAGGCAUCAGAAACUGCAGCUACAAAACGGAUUCCUAAGACUAGUACUGGAGGCUCAGUUUACGGUUCUGUUUUGGUUGAACCGGGGAGUGGAGCUAACGAAGAAGGAAAGGCAGUUCUUGUUGAGUUACUCGACGAGUCUCAAAACAGUUCAUCGGAUAGUAUAGCGCAGCAGCUUCGUCUUCUUAAGAUACAUUCUUCGAGCCAAAACUCUCAGACAUCAAGGCGGUAUUGCAAUGAGAUGACGGUACCAAAAAAAGAAAAGAACUUGUCUCUUGACGACCAAGAAUUAGGUAUCGCAAAGAGGAGCUUUGGUUCAUCUUCGCCUGGAUCAGGGAACAAUAAGACAGUGGUUGGACUGAAAUCAGUGAGAAAAGUGAGGCUGUUGUAUGCUAGUACACCAGGUUCCACAAUAGUUAACGGCAAGAGAGUGGCUAAGUUAACCAGAACCAUUCCACGAGGAGGAGGAGGAGGAGGAGCUAAACCGGCACUGAGGAACAAAGGUAGCUUGAAAAAGAAGGCUACAAAUGUGUAUGAUGAAGUAGAUGGCUUCUAUGAUCCCAUAGCAAAAGAACUUCUCUGCCAUAGAUGCCAUUUCGCUUUGAAGAAUACUGCAGCUAAAGAAGAGCCCUCUAAAGAUUCACUUGUAGAAGCAGAUCUUGAGUUGAAUCCGUGUUUUAAGGAAGCUUGUUUAGAUGAAUUGGCUUCUGAUUUCUCCAGCUCAAGCUAUGAGAGCUCUCAUGAGAUCAGUGCUAGUGGAGAGACCAAACUUGAUAACUUAAGAAGCUCCCUCGAUUUGAUUAAUUCAGAGACCUCUAAGGUUUCUUUGACAUCUGCAUUUGGUAAUAAACAUAUCAAUGAUGUUUCUGAAUACGGCAACAAUGAGAUCAUUGAGGAAGAUUCUCUGUCUCGCAAAGAGGUCGAUCAGAAAAAUUCUGUCUUUAUGUCUGAACAGAGUGUUGAGAUUGGUUCUUUCAGUGAGAAAUCUGUUGUGAUGAAUCCAGAUAGCCCUCCCAACAAACUCAGCUUAGACGGAGCAGCUACGGAAGACGUAAAUGAGAACUCUGAAGUUGAAAACAAAGGCGACGACUGUGUCGGAUACAACAGUUCAAGCACGAGUAUCAGCGAGGAAGAUCAAGAACAGGGGAAUAAUAUAAUGACAAGGUCUAGCUUUGGAAACAGACCUCAUAUGUCUAAGGAUGUGAGAUGGGAAGCUAUUCAGCAUAUAAGGGCACAACAUGGGCUAGGUUCAUUGGGUCUUAGGCAUUUCAAUCUUCUGAAGAAGCUCGGAUGUGGAGACAUAGGAACAGUUUAUCUCGCUGAGCUCACUGGAACAAACUGCUUGUUUGCUAUAAAAGUGAUGGAUAAUGAAUUCUUGGAGAGGAGGAACAAGAUGUCGAGGGCUCAAACUGAGAAAGAUAUUCUCAAAAUGCUCGAUCACCCGUUUCUUCCCACGUUAUACGCUCACUUCACGUCUGACAACUUAUCGUGUUUGGUCAUGGAAUGUUGUCCCGGAGGCGAUUUACAUGUCUUAAGGCAAAAGCAGCCUGGGAGGUGGUUUCCCGAGCCAGCGGCUAGGUUCUAUGUGGCAGAGGUCCUUCUCGCGUUGGAGUAUUUACAUAUGCUUGGGGUUAUAUACCGCGAUUUGAAGCCCGAGAACAUCUUGGUACGUGAUGAUGGGCAUAUCAUGGUGACAGAUUUUGAUCUCUCCUUAAGAUGUACGGUGAGUCCAACGCUUCUACACUCGUCAUCUCCGCUUCACGUGGAUGCUAUAAGACUAUCCUCCGGUAGCCGCACUGGAUCUAACUGCAUCGAGCCAUCGUGUUUCCGCCCUAAACUCUCUCGCGGAUCUGGGAGCAAGAAAAAGGGCAAACAACACCGCAUAAUGAUGAAAAAACUCAAGAAAUCUGACCUAAUCGCGCGGUUCAAAUCAUUGCCUCAGCUCGUGGCGGAACCAACAGAUGCGAGAUCAAACUCUUUUGUCGGAACACACGAGUAUCUCGCACCCGAGAUCAUCAAAGGCGAAGGUCACGGUGCAGCGGUAGACUGGUGGACGUUUGGGAUAUUUCUAUACGAGCUUCUUUAUGGGAAAACUCCGUUCAAAGGGGCAACUAACGAGGAGACUAUAGCUAAUGUGGUGCUUCAGAGCUUGAAGUUUCCUGAUAACCCUAACGUGAGUUUCCAAGCAAAGGACCUUAUAAAAGGGUUAUUAGUCAAGGAACCCGAGAACCGGUUAGGGACGGAGAAAGGAGCGGCGGAGAUAAAACGGCACGCUUUUUUCGAAGGAUUGAACUGGGCGUUGAUACGGUGUGCGAUCCCACCAGAGCUUCCGGAUUUUUAUGACUAUGGAGUUCCGAAUCACGAAGGUAAAAGCAAUUACUUGGAUUGCAAGGCGGUUGGGGAACAUCUUGAGUUCGAGUUAUUCUAGUCUCUAUAAGCCUUUCGUACGUAAUUCGUAGAACUCUUGUUUGUAUCGUAAAGCCACUUUUUUGGUUAUUAUUUGUUUAAACGAAUGUAUUAUUG